CCGGGGCUGCGGCAGCGGCGGGAUGAGCCCUGCGGAGCGAGGGAGCCCCGCGGAGUGAGGGAGCCCCGCCCGACGCCCCGCUCCGCUCGCGGGCCCUCCGCCCCGCCCGCCUCCGCUCUGGCUUCGGGCCCCUUCUCUCUGCGCUGCGGCGGGCGGAGGCGGCGGAAGGAGAAGCCCAUGGAGGGGAACCGGGACGAGGCCGAGAAGUGCAUCGGGAUCGCGCGGGAGGCGCUGGAGGCCGGGAACCGCGACCGCGCCCUCCGCUUCCUCGGCAAGGCGCAGAAACUCUACCCGACCGAGACGGCCCGAGUUUUGUUGGAAGCUAUUAUGAAGAAUGGAAGUACUGCUGGGGGAGGCGCUUACUGCCGAAAACCAGCCAGUAGCAGUGAUCAAAGUAAGCCCAAUAGCACGAAGGAGAGCAAUGCAUCUGCUACAGGUGAAAGUGGAAAAGGCUACACCAAAGACCAAAUGGAAGGAGUUUUAAGUAUAAAGAAAUGUAAAAAUUACUAUGAAGUCCUUGGGGUGUCAAAGGAUGCAGGUGAAGAAGACCUAAAGAAGGCUUAUAGAAAACUUGCUUUGAAAUUCCACCCAGACAAAAACCAUGCACCUGGAGCAACAGAGGCUUUUAAAAAAAUCGGAAAUGCAUAUGCUGUGCUGAGUAAUCCAGAAAAACGAAAGCAGUAUGACUUUACAGGGAGUGAAGAGCAAACAUGCAAUCACCCUAGCAACGGUAGAUUCAACUUCCAUAGAGGUUGUGAGGCUGAUAUUACUCCGGAGGAUCUGUUCAACAUGUUUUUUGGAGGGGCCUUUCCAACAGGUAGCGUACAUUCAUUUUCUAAUGGUCGUGCUGGCUACAGUCAUCCUAAUCAGCACCGUCAGAGUGGACAUGAGAGAGAGGAAGAGAGGGGUGAUGGAGGCUUCUCUAUGGUCAUCCAGCUGAUGCCUAUUAUUGUGUUGAUCUUUGUCUCCUUGUUGAGCCAGUUGAUGGUAUCUAACCCUCCUUACGCCUUAUACCCAAGAUCAAGUACAGGGCAGGUCAUAAAAAUGCAGACAGAAAACUUGGGUGUCAUUUACUAUGUCAACAAGGACUUCAGAAAUGAAUACAAAGGAGUGUCAUUACAGAAAGUGGAAAAGAGUGUGGAAGAGGAUUAUGUGUCCAACAUUCGCAAUAACUGUUGGAAGGAGAGACAACAAAAAACAGACUUACUUUAUGCAGCAAAAGUAUAUCGAGACGACCGUCUCCGAAAGAAGGCAGAGUCCAUGUCCAUGGAGAACUGCAAAGAACUAGAACGGCUGACCAGCCUCUAUCGAGGAGGAUGAGCUACAGUUGUACACUACAUCUUUAUGUAUGCUGUUAUCUCUCUUGUAAAUUAAGAAGAGAUUUAGUUUCACCAUGAAUGCUGCUGGAAAAGAAGGGUGGAUGUAAACCUCUACUGUGUAGCUGUUUCCAGAAACCUUAUGCUGAAAUAUUAUUUAAUGGCUUCUUUACCUACUGUGAAAUAUAGGUAACUUUAAUUGUCUAGAUUUUACUUCAAAGCUUCUGUGAAUUCUUUCAGCAGAGAGAAUAGCUCAGAAAGGAUGCUGUACUUGUAGAGACUUAGUCAUAGUGGUUCUCCUCUAACAUAUUUGCCAUGUAAAUAUCUGUGGAAAGAACACUUUGUGUAUAUACGAGUUAAAUGACUUUCUAUUUAAAAUCUCAGAAAUUUAGUUCCAUACUACAUUUUGUCUCACUGAUGGAAUAAAUAGUAUGAUUACAUUACUCCUAUUCAGAUGUCAAGUGUGUGGAGUUGAAACAAUAAUUUUUAAUAUUUUAUCUCUAACUCUAUAUAAAAUCUUCUAGGUUUGCCAGCUUAGAGGAACUUGGUAUUUUUAAAUAUAAUGGCAUAUAUUCCUAAAUAUCUGUUGGGGUAUAUUGAUCUGGUGUAGAGUAGCAGUCUAGCUGUUGUAGUUUUUUAGCAUUUCUAAGCAAUGCUGAGAAAACUUCAGAAUGACACUAAUCUCUUUUCAAAGUAAAUAUUUGCAAAUGCUGUACAGACCAUUGUAAACAUUGCUUUUAGUACUUGCAACAGUUUACAGCUGCUCUACCAUUUGGUAUUCCAGUAGUAGUAAAUCCAUACGUAUGGUUAAUAUGCAUCCAUAGCUUCCUUAAUUUUCACUGGAAAGGCAGAGAAAAACAUGCAAAAGUAAAAUCUUAAAACUAUAUUAAAAAAAUACCUAUUUUUUUUCCUGGAAGGCUUCCAUUUUUUUACUGCAUUUUUAUUUCAAGCUAGGUCCCAACACUAAUUCCUCAAUGGGCACUGCAAGUGGAACAGGGAAAUUUUGCUAAGGACAAGGUAUGUGCCUUUCAACCCUUUUGCCAACUAUUUAAAUGCUUUGCUACUUUGCAGUGUGCCCCUAUGGCCAGAGCUCUGUCACUGGUCCCAAGGCAGAAGAGGCCUACCAGGGAAUGCAUUUUUUGGGACCAGAAUGUUGCUGGACUGACUUCCUAGAAAUGAGCAAACCUACUGUUUGGCUCCUACACACAAGAUCAUGUAACUCAGUGGCAUGUAAGUGGAAACUAUAUGUUGCCACACCUGCUGAUGCAAAGAGGUGUUCUAAAGCAGCUGAGUACAAUGUACUUAAAGUUUAUCAAAGUGUGUUGAAAAUGUUUUUAGGUUCAGUAGCUGAUGUUUUUUACAUUUUAACAGUGUUAUGCAGGGGAAUGUUUCUUGUAUUUGAGAAUGCCAGAUAGCUCAUAAUAUGGGCAGUGUUUUUUGUUUGAGAAAACUGCUAUCUUUGAACAAUGCUGUAAGUUUAUGUGGAGCCAAAUUUUCCUCCAAAACUGGAAGUUUAAAUACUUUGACUUACUUCAUUGCAACUCCUCCUGAUCUAGAGCAGGAUAUGACUUUGCAGAUAUGCUAAAUGUGAUUGCUCUAAGUGACCCAGAAAUCAUUUUGCAUAUAUCCCUUUUCUAAACUGUCCCAGCGGAAAUGUCUUCUUUUGAAUUGGUAUAACAUGAGACUAGCUGCAGGCUUUUAACUAAGCAGCUAAACCAGCAUUUAAGGUGGACACCAUAGCCUGAGGCACAAAGCAGAACUAAAAGUUGCAGAAACAACAACAAAAAAGGGUUGCUGUACUGGAUGUCCUCUCUAAGACUAUAGUAAAAGGAUGCAGAAGUAAUGCAAAGGCAUCCAAAUGUUUGAAAUAUGCAAUAGAAAUUUAUGGAGAAAACAUGAUUCCCUGGAUUUUGUAACUGUCCAGAAUGUAUUGUAAUUAUACUAAUGAAAACAAACUAUCAAAGUA